AUGAAGACCACCAGCUAUGUUUCCGCUAUUCUCGGCCUGGCUUCCGCCGUCAGCGCCCACUACACCUUCGACAAGCUCACCGUCAGCAGCCAGCAGGAGGGAACCGACAACCAGUACAUCCGAAAGCACCAGAACGGUUACAUGCCCACCAAGUUCAAGGGUAUUCCCGACGGCUCCAUCUCCCCCAACGAUAAGGACUUCACCUGCAACAAGGGAAGCACCGCCUCGGCCGACGUCUUCAAGGUCAAGGCUGGUGACGAGAUUGGUCUCAAGCAGGCUUUUGGCGGUACCGGUAUGCAGCAUCCUGGUCCCAUCCAGGUCUACGCUGCCAAGGUCGACAACGCUGCCACCGCCGACCCCUCAGACCUCGACUGGUACAAGAUUCACCAGGCCCUUGUCUGCAAGGCUGGUAGCCCUGAGGAGCUCCGUGGUCCCUCUUGGUGCUCUUGGGAUGAGGACUCUGUUCACUUCAAGAUUCCUUCUACUCUCCCCGACGGACAGUACCUUGUUCGCGGUGAGCACAUUGCCCUCCACGGUGCCCACGGUGGUGAGGCUGAGUUCUACUACGCCUGUGCCCAGGUUGAGGUCUCUGGCAACAGCGCCUCCAGCAUCCCUGGUACCUCUGUCAAGAUUCCUGGCGUUUACAAGCAGGACGACCCUGCCGUCAACUUCUCCCUAUGGGGCUCUUCCACUGCUUACGACGUUAUCCCCGGUCCUGAUGUCAUUCCCGGUGGUACCAUCCGUGGUACUGCUGAUGGUGCCUCUGGUGACGUCGAAAAGGUUGUUGAGGGUGGUGCUUCGUCUUCUGCUCCCGCUGCUGAGUCACAGGAGCAGGGCCAGAGCCAGAACCAGAACCAGCAGCCUCCCCAGAACAACAACGACUCCGGCUGCAACUCUACCCCUUAUGUCCGCCGCCACGCUCGUGACGUUUCUGCUCGCGUCUAA